GCAGGAAGAGGGAGGCGGAUGAAAGAGAAGCCUCAGCCACCACUGUCUCCGUACUCCGUAGCAAAAGCCCUCCAGCUCCAAAGCACACACCAAACACCGGAGAGCAAUCAGUCCUCCAUUUUCUGCCAUAGUCGGAGCAACUCAGCUCACUUUCUGCAACAGCAAUGGCUAACGCAGCGUCCGGAUUUGCUGUGAAUGAUGACUGCAAGCUGAAGUUUCUGGAAUUGAAGGCUAAGAGAACAUACCGCUUCAUAGUGUUCAAGAUUGACGAGAAGAAAAAUGAGGUGAUUGUGGAGAAACUCGGUCAGCCAGCUGAAAGCUAUGAAGACUUUACUGCAAACCUUCCUGAUAAUGAAUGCAGAUAUGCUGUCUAUGAUUUUGACUUUGUGACUGUGGAGAAUUGUCAGAAAAGCAGGAUUUUCUUUGUCGGAUGGUCUCCCGACACAGCAAGGGUGAGAAACAAGAUGAUUUAUGCAAGCUCCAAGGACAGGUUCAAGAGAGAAUUGGACGGCAUACAAGUCGAGCUGCAGGCUACUGAUCCGACUGAGAUAGGUCUCGAUGUUAUCAAAAGUCGUGCAAACUAAGAAGCUUGGUCUUGUUAUGCCCGUUUUUCUCAAGCUCUGCUUUACUUUUAUGUGAAAUGUUCAUAGUUUGUGGGGGUUGUGAACUUGACUAGAUUAUAAUUCUCGGUUUGAAUUUACCUUACAGUCUUUCUUCAUUUUGAACGAGUCCGCAGGACUCAGUUAUAGACGAGGUGAAGGAACUUAUGCAAUGUGUGUCCGUAUGGUUACAUCUAGAAGCUAAGUUGUAUCAUCCCCUGAAGGAAGAAAAACUGGGUUUGUUCUGUUAAACUUCAACGCGUCGUACUCUUUUUAAGAAUGCAGAAAAGAGCUGUUAUGCUGUUA